AUGAUGCUACCUACAAAAGAAUUGGCCUUGGCUAUCAACUGUUUCUUAUCCCUUGCCACUGCGGCUAGUUAUGACUACUGCGCCUGCCAGACAAAAACUGACGGGGCUCUCGACGAUACCAAAACAUCGCUCGUUGCUAGGUCAUGCGGUGACUCGUACAGCUUUGUCUACGGUCCAGCAAGUUAUGAUGCGACAUCUAAACAGCCCUGGCUUAGACGUGACAGCGGUGCAGGGCCAAGAUUUCAAGGACUUUUUCUACAAAGUAUUUUUGGCAAGAUCGACGGAAACUUGUUCUAUGGUCUAUGUAAGGAUGUUGGGGCUAAAGACAGUUCGUGUUUCAAUUGUGCAAGGUUCCAACAGAAUGGUCCAAGUCAGGGUGGAACAUUCCAGUGCACUGAGUGA